AUGCAGGAGGUGGAGAGCAUUUCAGAUCCCGUGCAAAUUGAACUUGUGAACAAAGAUAAUAAGACACCACGAGAAAUAUUUACGGAAAAUCAUAGAGAAUUGGCAAAAGAGGCAGAAGAGUCAUUGAAGGAAACAGCAACUUCUUGUACAGUUGUAGGUGCUCUCAUUGUCACCAUGAUGUUUGCUGCAGCAUUCACAGUUCCGGGGGGAAAUGAUGAAAAUACAGGUCUUCCUACAUUCUUAACUAAAAAGGUAGUCACAACAUUUAUAGUUUCAGAUGCAGUCUCACUCUUUUCUUCCACAACUUCGGUUAUCAUGUUUUUGGGAAUUCUCACGUCUCGUUUUUCUGAAGAUGAUUUCUACAAAUCCUUGCCCACAAAAAUGAUAAUAGGCCUUUUCACCCUCUUUUUAUCUAUCGCCACCAUGAUGAUUGUCUUUUCUUGUGCCCUUUACCUUAUGCUUGACGGGAAAUCAUCAAUUGUUAUUCCAAGCAUUUUGCUUGCCAGUGUUCCAGUUGCCUCGUUCAUAUGGAUGCAAUCUCCGUUGCUUGUUGAGUUAUUCAUUUCUACUUUCGGACGGGGAAUAUUUGAUAGGAAGCAGAAAAAUGUGUUUUGAAUAACAUAGGUAUCUUUAGUUACGUUUGAAUUUAUGACUUUUUGAGAAACUUGUAAUGAGAAGACAAUGUAUGCGCUUUCUAUUUGACAUUUAUGUAUGAGCUUUCUAUUUAACAAUUACG